AGAAGAACUUCCGCCAAAAUUCGUAUAAAAUGUUUUAGACAAAUAUUCGACUACUUCGACUAUUUCAAUCAAAAAAGUUUUUUUUGUGAGGAAAAUCGCAAUUAUUUUGUAGUCAAGAGAAUAAAUAAAAACAACAUGGAUUUGCAAGAAUUAGAGAGGGAAGCCAAAGAAUUGGCCAUUAGGGAUGUGAAGAAUAUGCUUCCUCGUUCUGGGCAACUUGAAAAAGUUGAUCAGUACAGGAAUAGAAUUUCCCGGAAGAAGGCUUCUGUGGAAUCACAGCUGAAGACUGCAAUGCAGAAUCAACUGGAUGGAGUUCGUGUUGGGUUGAAGCAACUUGAAUCCUGCCUGGCAAACAUCCAGGACAUCAAAGUCAGAAUGAAGGAAGUUGAGGAUCUCCUAUCAACUGUCCCGGAGAUAAAUGAAGCACUCGAUCCUGUACGUGAUGAGAACACAAAGCACUCCCAGUACGCCACAGCAAUGGAGAAUUUGAAGCACAUCUUCACGGUACAGUCGAGUGUGUCAAAAACAAUGCAAUGGAUUGAAGAAGAUAAACUCCUACACGCCCAUCAGUGCCUGUCAGACUUGGAGAAUUCCCGGGAUGAUCUUCUCUUUGAGUUGCAUAAACUGCCCAAGCAGUAUGUCCAUGACAAGAUAACGCUGAAGAGGUACUUUGAAAAGGUGGAGUCAGUCUCUCAGGAGCUCGAGCGGAAGAUCCGUUUGAUCCUCAAUCGUACCCUAAACACUGUUCGGAAGGAGCCCACGGUGAUUGUUACAGCGCUCCGGAUAAUUGAGCGUGAGGAGAAGAGUGAUCAAUUUGCUGUGGCGCAGCAGAAGCAGACGGGAUUCAUGCCUCCCGGAAGGCCAAAGGAGUGGCGAAAGAUGGCCAUGGAUGUGCUCAAUAAGUCCGUGGUGCAGCGGAUUGAGGGCUCAAAGCUCGAGGAGCGUGUCGACAAUAAACUCUGGCUCGUGAGGAAUCUGGAAAUUCUUCGGCAAUUCAUCCAGGAGGAUCUGAGGGUUGUCAAGUCACUCUGUGUGCCCUGCUUCCCGCCUCACUAUGACAUCUUCAAUGAAUACGUGAAGAUGUACCACUCAGCUCUGUCCAAGUACUUGGAAGACAUUGUAAUGCAAGGCCUCGAGGGGAAUGAGUACGUUUCGAUUCUUUCGUGGACAACCAACACGUACAGCGGGAAGGAGCUGAUGGGACACGCGGAACUCCAUGUGGACGUUGCAAAGUUGGGACCUCUGAUAAAGCCGGAGCUUCUCAAGCAGAUGGAGACGGAGUAUCUGCGGACAAUGGAGAGAAACUAUGAGGAUUGGAUGACAAAGACAUUGGAGACGGAGAAGCUGGAUUGGCAGAAUGGAGCAGCUCCGGAUGAGGAGGAUCAGGAGAAGUACUACCACACUUCAGCCCCCGUUAUCAUCUUCCAGAUGAUCGAUCAGAAUCUCCAAGUCACCAACACCAUUCACGCCGAACUGACCUUCAAUGCACUCGUCUUGAGUGUCCAGCAAGUGGUCAGCUACGGCCGGAAGUACCGUGUGGGGAUUUUUGAAUUCAAGGAAGCCCAUUUCCGCGAUAGAAGUCGCGCUCCCUACUUCACGCAGCACAUGAUAACAAUCGUCAACAAUUGCCAGCAGAUGAUUGAGCUGGCGCAUCAGAUGAAGCAGCUGUACUGGCCAAAAUCCCGCACAGAUUGCUAUGAGCACUUUGAGGAGUUAAUCGGGACGUUCCAGCAGUUGCGCAAUGAGGCGGCGUCAUUCCUCCUCGAGGAGGCCUUCUUGGAUCUCGAGGUGCACUUCAAUGAGCUCUUUACGGCCAAAUGGACCACAUCCAGUGUCACCGUGGAGACCAUCUGUGCCACCCUUGCGGACUACUUCAGUGACUACAACCAUCUGCGUGUCAUCAACUUCGAGUACGUCAUCCAGGAGGCACAGAAGAUUGUCGCCAAGCGCUACCUUCGUGCUAUGCUCUCAAAGAGAAUCAGCAAACCUCGCCAGGAAUGCCACGUACUGGCCAAGAAGAUCACCGAAGAAGCCAAUCAGCUGCGGAGUUUAUUCGACGAGACGGGAUUUGGGGCAAAGGGAGCAGAUUCCCCCAUUAAGAUCAUCUCAACACUCGGGAAUCUCCUGACGUGUGACUUUGAGAUGUUGGUGCUGGACCUCCAUACCCUCUUCGCCAGCUAUCCCUCCAUAAGUGAGGAUCAACUGAUGCGCCUCUUCUACAUUCGCAAUGACAUCAAAGCCAAUGAAGUUAAGGAAAAAAUUCAGGAUGCAAUACGUUCCCGGAAGAGCACAGUUAGUCACGAUAAGCAGGAUAGUAUUUUCAAGGAGAUUGUCUUUUCGGAUCGAUUGUGGUAGGAACUGUCAAGGAUGCAGACGUCUUGUCCAGAUGAGGGGAAAGAUUAAAAAUAAACUCCUAAUAAAAAA